AUGGCUGAACCCGCUGCACCUGCAAACAUCGUUAAAUGGGUCAACGACCAGUAUCCACGUCCAGCUUUAGAUCCAGUUUGGCUUCGUGACUGUUGCUCAUGGAUCGCGUCCUCCUACUCCCUCUCUCCAACUGACUUUCCACAGUUUAGUUCCCAUGUAACUUCUCAAUUUUUUCAGUCCAGCCUCGCAGACUCCACCCUGCCGAACACUGGCCUCCCACAAAAUAUCCAUACCAUCAAAAAGGCUCGUCUUACAGGCCUUCCAUGUCUCGUAGAGAUUCGUGCUAUCAGCGACAUUGGUAUUAGUGCGUUUAGCUUGAUGAACGUUAGGCAAAAUCGUGUGGAUCGAGCAGACUUGGCUGGCCUUGUUAGGGAGGAUGAAGAGGAUGCAGAGGAGGACGAGGGACCAGUCCCGAAGUUUCCGAGAGGCAUGCUGCGUCUUGAGUUAAGCGAUGGUUUUACAACUGUCGAGGCUGUGGAAUAUCGUUCUAUACCACAGCUUGAACUUGGCGUCACUCCGCUGGGGUACAAGGUGCGUAUUGGUCAGUCGCUUUGUGUUAUUUUUGAUAGAGUCCGGCUGUUAGAUCCUCUUGAAAGACGUACAGAUUCGCAGAGGCAUUAUCUUCCUUGA